AUGGGAGGCAAGUUAUCAGUCAAACGGGAGCAGAAACAAAAGAGAAGAAAUGUCCCAAAUGGAGACAAGAGGAGUUAUGACUUUUUGACUCAUGUAGUGGAGGGAAAGGAUAACGAAAGAUAUGAAAACGAAAGGUAUGUAGGAUAUGAAGACGACAGACAUGAGGACCAGCCGAGUUCUGAAUCUGAAGAAAGCAGCAUUUGGACAACUGAAGAAGAGGAGAAGUGUUAUGACCCAAAAGACUCCACUCUUACAUUUGUAGACGGAGAUGACGAUUUAGAUUUUUUGUGCAAUGACUACAAGUCUCUCAGAGCAAAGAUGUCCUGCGGCCAUGCUGUCACUCCGACGUCUCUCACAGACUGGUGCUCCCAUCUGCUGGACCAGGGUGACUGCAAAUUUGUGUGCGGCCAAACUGACUGUGAUGUUGAAUGGCCCUUUGAGGAGGUUCGUAAAAUGGCUCUGCUAACCCCCGAAGAAGUUGAGGAAUUUGAGAAGAAACUGUUUAGAAAUGCAGCCAAGGAUUUCUUGGACAUCAAAUCUUGUCCUGGCUGCAAUUCCCGUGUGGUGAGAACGGACCUCAAUAAUCUGAGUGUCAAAUGCCCGGUGUGCACAGCUGAAAGAAGAAGGAGAUAUUUAUUCUGCUGGCAGUGUUUGAAGAAAUGGAAAGGUCCUCGUUCAGACUGCUGUGCACAUCUCGACUGCAAAAACCCUCUGGAAAUAUUGAAGAGCUGCCCUGAUAUCACCUUUAAGGAUGUGAAGGAGGUCACUGGCUGUCCCUCCAUCCGGGCCUGUCCCAUCUGUGGUUUUCUCGUAGAACAUAACAAAAACUUUUGUAAAACCAUUGUCUGCCGCUUAUGUAAAGUGAAGUUCUGUUUUGUGUGCCUGAAGCUCACCAAGGAGUGUAAGUAUGUUUAUGAACGUUGCUCCAGUGGUGUUGCACCGAGACAGACCUCCAUACCUGUGUGGAAGAGGACAUGA